GUUGCUGCUGCCGGGCGUCUGUGCCAUGGUCUGAGCUGCGACACAAUGAGAGGCUGAUGCAGCUGAGUGACAGGCAGUCAUGUUUCAACAUGCAGGAUGUAAGCGAUGAAACAUUAGCUGCAGUUAUCAAGUCAAUCGAGUGUGCUUCCUCUGUUUGAGGGAAAGGAUGGACCAGUUUUCUGUUUGUUUUGCCGAGUCUUGCCGUAAACUGGAAGCAAACGUCUGAACUCCAUGUCGAUGGCACAUCUGUAGUCAUCAUGGCGAGUUGUGAACUCCCGAGGAGGCGACGAGGUCGAAGUCGCAGACAUGUAAUGCCACAUAUGUAGCGCGUUCCGAGUGUGUGCUGAUUCCUCAAAGUGUGGCAAGUUGGAACAAGGUGUGCCUCCCAUCACGCUGCUCCCUAGUUGGUGCCUCUGCUGCUGCCAUGGAGGUGGGCAGUCUCCCCGUGGAGCUGUGGAGGGUUAUUUUAGCCUACCUUCCGCUCCCAGACCUGGGCCGCUGCUGUCAGGUGUGCCGUGCUUGGCGGGAGCUCAUCCUCUCUCUGGAUAACACCCGCUGGAGACAGCUCUGUCUGGGCUGUUCUGAGUGCCGUCAUCCCAACUGGCCCAGUCAGCCCCAUUUGGAACCCCCAUCCUGGAGGGAGGCCCUGAAGCACCAUGCCCUGGCCUCCCGCACCUGGGCUCAAAAUGGACCAGACCAUCAAUCCUCUGCCUGUCUGCUCUUCUUCCGACGUCGUAAAGAUCGUAGGGUUUGGCAUGUGGGGCCUGGAUGUGAGUUUGAAACCCUCCGUGGGGCUCUUGGGGUGGUGGGGCCGUAUGACCGUGUGGUUCUCCAUCCAGGAGUGUAUGAGGAGCAGGCUGAAGUGGCGCUGAAAGUGCCUGUGGAGUUGGUUGGACUGGGCCGACUAGGUGAAGUGGCCCUGCUGGUGUGUAUGGAACAGCAGUGUCCUACUGCCAGGUUGUGUAAUCUGGUAUUCAUGCCACCCUGGUUCUCCACCGUGGUUUACAAGACGACGUGGGGUCACGUACAGCUAGAUAACUGCAACUUUGAGGGGGUUCAGUUGCAAAUCCGUGGCCCAGGGACCUGUCAGGCUCGAUUCUGCUCCUUCUCACAGGGCAGCUCUGCAAACUUGCUGGGUGUCGUCCUCAGUUUAUUGGACAGCUGUGACUUCUCAGGCAGUGACACAGCUUCAGUGAAUGUGGAAGGUCCUCCAGUGUCAGAAAGGAACUGGGCUUGUAAACACUUGGCUUGUCUGGCCAGGACGUUCCCAUCAUGUGCUGUGUCUAACAGUAGCUCACCAUUUGGCCCUGUGGCUGGAUCCACUGGUGGGCCUCAACCCCCAGGUAGUAACAUUAAAAGGGAUCAUGUUAGCAUAGAGGACUGGCAGAGGAGGACUGGGGUGGAUGCAUUGGGUCAGGGGACAGUGAUUGAAGAUGGCUGGAGUGAGGGUGACCACAGUGAGGUAGAAGAGGAAAGUCGCAAUGGCGAAAACACCAAAAACCAGUUUACAACGGAUUACAAAAUCCCAUGUGACAAUCAUGGCCUAUCCCAUUUACUCAAGCCUCGGGCAGAUGGCUCUCUGCCACUGGCCUCCUCCCCGGAUCCCCUACCCAUGACCCCCGAACCACUCACCUUUGAACAGGAAUUAGAAAGGGACCCUGAAGCUCAGAUGUUGGCAACAGCCACGCUUGGCUGCAUCCUUAGACGCUGCCUCUUCAGGGAUGGGAAGGGUGGUGUGCAUUUGUCUAAUUAUGGUCAAGCUCGGCUGGAAGGCAAUAUUUUCCGUGGGCUGAACUACGCUGUCCGCUGCAUCCAGAACUCCACCAUUGUUAUGCUGAGAAAUGAGGUGUGCGAGUGUCGAGCGUCGGGUGUGUUUCUGCGUCUCUCAGCUGAGGGCCUUAUUGCUGAAAACAACAUCCACUCGAAUGGAGAGGCAGGGCUGGACAUCCGGAAAGGGGCGAACCCCAUAAUUGUGUGCAACAAAAUACAUGGUGGUUUGCGUUCUGGGAUUGUUGUCCUUGGCAAGGGAAAAGGUUCAAUUCGGAGCAAUUGGAUCUAUAACAACAAGGAAGCAGGCGUAUAUAUUCUGUUCAGUGGGAAUCCUGUGGUGAGUGGAAAUCACAUCUUCCAGGGCCAGGCAGCUGGGAUUGCUGUAAAUGAGAAUGGCAGGGGGAUAAUAAAAGAAAAUGUGAUUAAAGAAAACCAGUGGGGGGGUAUAGACAUCCGAAGAGGAGGUGACCCCAUCUUGAAGAACAACUACAUCUGUUAUGGCUUCUCAGAUGGCGUUGUGGUAGGCGAGAGAGGACGUGGACUUAUCGAGGGAAACCAUGUCUACUGUAAUAAAGGCUGUGGUGUAUGGGUUAUGUCAUCCAGCCUCCCACAACUGCUGGGAAACUACAUCAAUCAUAACUGUAUGUAUGGGCUGGCAGUGUUCUGCAGGAAAGACCCAGAGAAUAUUGAGGCCAGGGAAGGGAACUGGCAGGGGCAGGAAGGUCCUGGGGGAGAAGGGGGCAGUGGGGAAAGGAGAGGAGUAGAAGGAGGAGGAAGAGAAGGGCAGGAGAACCUUAAUGAAGAAGGAGAAUUGUUUGCAUGGGAAAGUGACCUGGACAGCGAGGAUGAGCGUCACUCUGCGCGACGUUCCAUCAGUGUGGCACUGGUGGAAGCAAACUGCAUGAGCUACAAUGGAGCGGUUGGUCUGUACGUGAAAAGCAGUGAGCCCCUGAAUGUUUUUGCUAACCUUGUGAACAAUAACCAUGGCACUGGAAUAGCUGUGCUGCAGAGCAGUCAGCUAACGCGGCUGGUUACAAACUGUGUUCUUGAAAAUGGUCGAGCUGGUGUUACAGUGGAGAGAGACUGCAGAGUGGAACUUCGUGGGAACGGAAUCUAUGAAAACAGCGGCCAUGGUGUCAGUUUCUAUGGCAGUGGGCAGAUUGUAGAGAACGAUGUGUUUGGAAACCGAGGAUAUGGGAUUCAAGUCACAGGAAGUGCAGACAUCAAGGUGCUGCGGAACAGAGUCCAACCGGCACAUGGCUGUGGCAUUGCUGUGGUUGGGCCAGUAAAAGGUGUUGUCCAUGACAAUCUCUUGUUCCAGGGUCAUCCUGGAAACAAAAAAACACUCCUACACAUGGAUCCAGGCAAUGACAACUGUGUACUGCGGAACAACAGUAUUCUAAGGCAUAAUAACAGCUAUACAUCAGCUCCUCCCUGGGUUUUGGAAAAUCCUCCUCCUCGUCCACUGGCCAGCUCUCCCUCCAGCCUCUCCUCGUCCCAGUAUCCUUCUCGACUUGGAAUUUCCAUGACAACCAGGAUCAGCGCCACAGUGGAGAGUGGCUGCCACAGUGGAAGCAUGUUCUGCUCCAUACUGUGAAUACUGGCAAGCACUUACUUUUAAAUAUUAAGGACUUUCCUAAGAGGUCAGCAUCGGGUCACUUUUAAACUGGCAUGUUGUCAUAUUUUUGGACAUCUUUAGAGACAAUCCUGGAAAUGUUGGGGGUAGAUGCCACCAGGAAGUAAGAAGCUGCACUGAGCAUCACCACUAAAUAUCCACUUUUCGCUAUGUUAAACUGGCUUAUUUUGUAAAUCUGAAAGUAGACAUGCAGUGCAGUGUAUUGUUGUAAAUUAAGUACUAGACAAGCAUUGUUGAUCCUACAUGCCAAUACUAAAGCUUUAACUGUCAUUUUGUCUUUCACGUCUAAAUUCCUCAUAUUUAUGUACAGAACUGCUGAAAACCUUGUUUUGUCAGUUUGCUUCAGAGACUCGUCUGUUAGGAAGUGCACAUAUUUUAAGUCAGGAGUCAAAGGCAUCAUUGAUGCCAGCUUCAAACAUGCUGCAAAGUAAAUUUGUGCCUUGUUUGACUUUUUAAUCGGUCAGUGAUUGUAGCUAGGUAAUGAGUUGUCAUAAUGUGAGGUCUAUAUGCAAAGAAAAAGAGCCAAACUUAAGCUGCUGUCUCUGGUGUUUCCUGGUGGGUCUGUGUUUUUGUAACAAAUACUUAAUGUUUUUUAAAAAGUGGUUCAGCUUUGCCCUCUUGAAAAAAAAAUUACAGGACAAUUUAUCAUUCCAAAUGUAUCAACAUGCUGUACAGUGACAUCUACACAGACUCACCUGGUAAUAGUAACUUAUCAAAGGAAGAAUUUGUUCAGUGUGUGCAAUAUGUGAUGUCUACAAAUGUGCCUCUGUUUUAUCUGUGGACACUAGAUGUUUUCUCAUCUAGAAUCUGUUUACAGCUCACCACUCUGCUUUUUUGUAUCUGCAUUUAUUAAUAACAUGUAAACCCAAAGGUCACCAUUUUGUUUGUCAACAAAAUACAUUGAUGAACAGUU